AUGGUCUCUCCGUACCAAGACCCGGUCUUGAAAUCGACCAGUUUGAAGUGGACAAUUUAUGACGACCAGUCAGGUCGCAUUCACCCACACGAACCACUCGAGCGUUACACUCCAGGCGGUUUUCACCCAGUUGCCCUAGGAGACACGUUCAAAGACGGUUGCUAUGUUGUAAGACACAAGCUUGGUUACGGUGGUUUCUCAACAGUUUGGCUUGCCUCAAAUGAGCAAAACCCCGAGUCCACCCACCGUUAUGUGGCCAUCAAGAUCAAGAGCAGCUCCUCUUCGAAUAUGGGUAUCGACGCAGAUCCAGAGGUUGUCAGGUUGAUAAAGCUGGAGGAGCAUUACUUGCAAGGCCGGCAGGACAAGCCUAGACCAUUUGUGCAGCUUCUAGACCGCUUCAUUCAUGAAGGCCCUAAUGGGCGCCACAACUGUCUGGUCACAGAGCUGCUUGGCCCAUCCCUUGCUAGCGUGUGCUCCCUCUAUGCGGAAAUUGAGCAAUUCUUGCGCCCCGAAACCAUCAUGCGGGCUUCGAAGCAACUCCUUUAUGACAUCUCAGCGGCCAAUAUCGCCUUCACGUGCAAGUCGUUGCUGGAAGAUGAGGAUGAUGACCUGUUGGAUCUGUUGAGUGAGGUUUACGUGGCGAAACCCUGGCCCGACAAGACCCUGCCGUCGCCCCAUCUUCCUAACCAGUUGGUACAGACUGCAAAGUGGAGGCUGUGGGAAGACGAAACAGAGGAGGACAUUCGUCUCGUCGACUGGGGCUCUGCAUUUGCAUUUAGCGAGACUGUGUCUCUAGAGGCUAUGGCGCAGCCAGUUGAUCUGCGAGCACCCGAGACAUUUUUCAUCGGCAAAUUCGACUACCGCCACGACAUAUGGAGAACCGGUUGUGUAAUGUACAUGUUGUUCUAUCAACAAAAUCCCUUUUGGGUCUACUCGGCCGACAACCACUUCUAUCUAAGCCGGAUGAUGAGAAAACUCGGUCCUCUACCUGAAUCCUGGCUGCCCAGACUUACUGAGCUGCGGAAGGAAAGUGGAUAUGCCGAAGGAGAUGACAAACAAUAUGACAUAGUAAGGGGUGACUCACAGCUGAUCUGUGAUACCUUCGAGCCACGACGUCAAGCAAUCAUCUUGGAGUUCAGUAGAGAUGAUCCAAAAUAUGAGCCGGAUGAGCACACAGGAUACGACUUUGAGGCCUUGAAGUCUCUCCGUCGACCAAUGCUAGCUUUACUUCCAUUUGAGCCCAAACACCGCGCCACGGUGAGAGAUUCGUUGGAAAUGAUCGAGUGGAUUGACCAUCGCCGAGAAGACGUUGGUGGCGACGUUCAUAAGGAAGGCGAGGAUGAUGAUAGAGAAGAGGACAAGGGAGAAAGUGGCCGGAGUCGAAAAGAUCGACGAAAAUGA